AUGAAGGAACAGCAGAAGAAUACGUGCAGCUGCGCGGUAUGCGGACGAAAGCGGAGCGCUAUCGAGCAGGAGCUCGAGGGCUUGUAUGACAGCUACUAUCGAGAGCUGGAAAACUACGCUAAUCGCGCGGAUGGGUCUUUACUUGGCGCUCCCAUGGGUAGCGAUGCGCUUCGUGGCGUUGACGACGAAGAAGACAGCUACCCCGAAGAAGAGCUUGAAGAUGACGACGAUCCCUACAGUGAAGAGGACAUCUCCGACGACGACCGUCGAGAAAAUGACCAGGCAAUUUCCGAUUUUCUUGAUUUUGGUAACAGCCUCCAAGUUAAGGGCGGGAUUCUCACGGUUGCCGACGAUCUUCUGAAGAAUGAUGGAAGGAAAUUCAUUGAGAUGAUGGAGCAACUCGCAGAACGUCGCAUGGCCCGGGAAGAAGAAGGCGACUAUGACGAUGAUGAGGACGAGGUCGAGGAGGCGAUGACCGAUCAGCAGCGCAUGGAGGAAGGCCGGCGGAUGUUUCAAAUCUUCGCCGCCCGUAUGUUCGAGCAGAGGCUGCUUCAGGAACUCGACGACGAAAAGCGCCAGGAGGAAGAACGAAAGGCGCAAAAGGCGAGCAAAGCUGCCAAGAAGCGUGAUCCCGAGAAGGCCGCCGAGGAGGCCGCAAAGAAGCGUGAGGCAGAGAGGCGCGUCGAAGAACAGCGCAAACUCCUCGAAGACAAGCGAAAGGCGAAGGAAGCACAGAAGAGAAAGGAGGAGGAGGAGCGCGAUCGCAAAGAAGCGGAGCGUUUAAAGCGCCAACAGGAGCAAGAACGCAAGAUCAAGGAAGCCCGUGAUGCCAAGGAACGCGAAAAGAGAACCAAGGAAGAACAGCGGCAGCGGGAGAAGGAGGCUCGCGAGACGAAGGAGCGCCAGGAACGUGAGCAGAAGGAACGCCAAGUACGAGAGCGCCAGCAGCAAAAGGAACGAGACGCUCGGGAACGAAAGGAGCGUCAAGAGACGCAGGACCGUGAGCGCAGGACUAGAGAUCCUCAGCUGAAGGGUGAUCGCGAAGGCAAAGAGAAGCAAAAGGGCCAAUCCAAGUCCACUGCAUCCAAGGGAGGUUCUGUCCAAGCGGCGAUCCCCAAGGCGGCUGCCGGAAAGAAGCAACCCACCGGGCAGGCGGCGGUUCAACAGCAGGCAAAGCCUGAGAAGCCUGUGGCAUCUCAGUCCGUUCCUCUUCAGCACACCCCGUCACCCGCGGCCUUUGCUUCGCCCAAGGUGGCUGUCGCUACACCCAUUCUUCACACGAAAACGACCCACCCCAUCAGGUCACGAACAUCAUCUCAGCAGCACGAUGUCUCCCUCCCGCCUGCGGUCCCUCUUCCCCAAGGAGCCUUAGCUAGGUUUGGGCAAUCUGCUGGGGAUCCGAUGCUCGGCCUAAACCAUGCGUUUGGCCUCCCCUCGGAGAUGGCUGUUGGCCAGCAAUCGCGACAGCUCUCCGGUAGCUUGGAUCCCUCACCACCGCCACUUGCCGGGCAACCUAUUAGCCGGCCAGCGCCUAUUGGCCGCCCGGCGAGCGUUGUUCAUGGACAGCGUCCUCUCGAUAGACCAGCACGAGAGGCAUUUGACGAGGAGCAGGAGCAUUUGGGGAGUCGUGCACUUUUAGACGAUGAUCCCGAGGAGCACAUUAGUCUAGGCCAAGGGUCGAUCAGGCAGAGGGUUUCCGUCCCAGGACCCAAUAUCCGAACCCAAUUCCCCUCUGGUGGAUUUAUGGAUGCCCCUGGCUUUGGCUCGCCAUUUCACCCGCAAUGGGGUGGCGCCGCAGCCGCUUUUAGUCCCCAGUCGGGGUUAGGCAGUUCGCUAUGGUCAGCUCCAGGCGCUCAAUUCGGCGCUCCCGGGGUGCCACCGGUGGCUCAGCUUCGAAGUCGGCCUCAGGUCAAUGCUGUCGCUCUCCGUCACAUGCUUUGCCUGGCCUGCCAGGCCCUAGCCGACACUGGACAAGCUACGACGAGUGGCUACGUUGAUUUUUCCGCCGUUAAAUCCACCAUUUUUCAGGGCUUGGGCCACGACGUGGCGGACGGGGAGCUUCUCGCCAUCUCCGAAACGGAAGGGAAUGGGCAGAAUGGGGGCGGAACUUUUGACAGCACAAUGGACUCUGGGCGACGGUUAAUCAGGGCCGUCACCUCAACGAGCGAUCAAACUAGCGCCUGUUGCGCCCAUGGCGAGAAUAAGAAUACCGCUAUGAGACAAGUCCAGGAUCUCAUCGGGAUUCCUGACAUGGAGUCCACAUUGGACCAAAACAAGAAGCUGUCUGUGACUUCAACUGCAGAGCCAGUCUGGAAUACUACCGAGGGCCUGACUGCACUUGGAACGGAAGAUGCCCCUACGGAUCUGGCAGCCGAUCCGCACCUGGAGCUCGAGGAUGACCUUAGGCCUGUUCGUGGUGGCUGGGUCGAGGGAUAG